AUGAAAAAUAAUCGUCAUUCAAUUACCUACUCGAUCAAUACCAAAGCCUCAUCUUAUGCUCAACUGUCAUUGACAUAUUACAUUACAACAGGCUUACGAACGUAUCCCGACAAACAUUCACAAAUAGAUUUAAAUGAUAAAAAUGUACGUCCACCAAACGUGGUUCAUUCCACACUAUUUCGAACAAAUACGAAAAAACCAUCGAAUAUUAGUUUACCUGUCAGAUAUUCGACAAGUAUAAAUGUUUCACAUGAUCCUGAACGUCGUAUUAUUUCAUCAACGAUCACAAGAACACCUCUUCUUAAUACAUUUGCUUUACCUUGUUUAGAACAACAACAUACGACUAUGGCAUCGUCAAGAACUUCUCACAAACACAUAAACGUUAAUAUGCAAUCAGAACAACGACCGAGAGAUUCACGAAGAAAUUUGCAUCAUUAUCCUGAUCAUCCUGAUCAUGUAACAGUACCAUCUCAUUUCGAUCAAUAUAUUAUUCCUGUAAGAAGAAAAAAUGUUCGUCCAUUACGGCAUGCUGCUCGUCGGGUUUCUUCUACACUCUAA